UUCCGGUUCAAAGCAUUGGUCAGUUCGUCCUCGUCACCGCCGCCGCGAUCAGAAUGGAUGUGUUCUACCGUCAAGCCCGCCAGGCCCCGGCCCGGGGGUGGUGGUUUAUAUGGAUGUAUGCAUAUGAGCGGGGUGUCUGGAUGCCGGUCGGACGAGCUGUCGAGUAGAUCACACUCGGCUGAGCCUGAGUUUGCACGAAGCGUGACGCAAAUGUGUCUGCUGGCGCAGGAACUCGACUGGCGUACGGACGAGGAGUUUGAAUACUGGGAAGGCGAGACGUUGCAUAGAUCACACUCGGCUGACACUGAGAUGACGCCAAGGGGAUGCGGGAUGGGUUUGCUAGCGCAAGACCUCGAGUGUAAGCAGUCUGUCGCAGGAUCUGAGGCUUGCGGACGCGACCAGUCAUCGGAUCGUUCCCUUGCUUCUGGGCGAUCGGAACAGGCAGACGCGAUUUGACUGGGCUUCGAGGGGGCCUAAUCGUCGGUGAAGGCGCGAUUGGUGUUCGGGUGAGAGUAUUGAGGUGUAUAGUGGUAGGCUGGAGGACCGCAAACGGCGCAGUCAAAGCAGGCGCGAUGGCAGCUUGCUGUGACUGGUUGGGCAUGAGCAUCGACGAAAGGGAG